UCAGCCGUACGUCACGCGUCAAUUAAUUUUAGCAAUCGCAACCGCCGCAAAAUUAUUAGUUUUUCUACGCUAUCUCGGACUUCAGUAAAGGGUUUUGUAUAAAUAUAAUGAAUCCUUGUUCUGCAGCUACACCUCAAGUAGAUGCAGAAGGAGAUGGAAGAUGGAAUAGUAUUCACAAUCGAUUCCUGUCUGAUGCAAAAGGAAAGGAUGCAGAUGUAAUUUUUAUAGGAGAUUCAAUAUUGCAAGCGCUAGAACACACUGAAGUAUGGAAUCAAUGGUUUGCUCCUCUUCAUUGCCUUAAUUUUAGCAUCCAUAAAGAUCAGACUCAAAAUGUUCUCUGGCGUAUUAAAAAUGGUGAACUUGAUCAUGUUGAACCUAAGGUAAUAGUAGUGCAUGUUGGCACCAACAAUGUUGAGCAUACUCCUGAGCAAGUAUGUGAGGGAAUUUUAGAAAUUAUCAGAACUAUAAGAGAGAAACACCCAAAUGCUUCAAUAGUACUUCCUAGUCUACUACCACGUGGACAGUACCCUAAUAUUUUACGAGAGAAAAAUUCAAAAAUUAAUCAACUAUUACGGGAAAAAGUUGCCAACAUGAAUAAAGUGGAGAUGGUGACCAUAGAUAAAGGCUUCAUUCAAAAUGAUGGAACUAUAAGUCACCAUGAUAUGCAUGACUAUCUUACUCCUACGAAUGCAGCUUGCCGUAAAGCAUUCGAACCUGUGUAUGAUCUUCUUCAGCAAAUAUUAUCUGAAGGUGAACCGGAGAAGGACUUGACACCCUCAGAAUAGUAAAAUUUUGUAGCUUUUUAUUAUGCAGCAGGCUCAUUGUGAUGAAACAGUACUUACAUUUAGCUUUUUAUAUAUUUAGAAAUAUUAAGGCUUUAAUAUAUAUUUAGAAAUAUUUUACUUUGUUAACAUUUACAUUCCAAAUUAGACUUACUUUUUAAUGGCUGUGUUAACCUGUGCUAUUAUUUUUUUAAAUUUUCUUUUAUGCACAGAAGUGUCCUACUAUCUAAACUCUUAACUUAUGAAUUUAUACAUUUUUUAAAUUUAAAUAAUGGGAAAUAGUGGCAGCUAUAGAUUUUAAUACAUUUUAUAGUGUGUAUAGAUAAUUUGAAAAAAUAUAAUUUGAUUGGGUGUUAAUAUCACUAUAGUUUUAUAAAUAUGCGACUAUUACUAUGUUAAAGUGGUAUUAGACUAUGAUAAAGUACAUUUUUAGUUAUUUAGAUAUCAUGUUUCUGUUAUGGAAUUGACUGUUACCAAAGAUUUUCAAACAUACUUAACCAAAGUUUUCUAUCCACGGUGCACCUUUUAUAUGUCAUGUCAUAUAAAUUAUCAAGCAUAUUAAAUAUUUUUGAUACCAUAUCUCUACUAUCUAUUGCUCAGAUGAUAUAAAUAUCACUUUGGAAAUUUUACUAAUGCCUACAAUUAAUAUUAGAUAUUUUCAAAGGCUUAAUGUCUUAAUAUUUAUAUUAGCAACCAUUACAAAAUGGUAGUUAAUUGAAUGGAUUCAUGCAUUAAAAUAAUGCCUUAACUAUCUGUUUUAAAUAUCUAAAUAAACUUAUGUGGUUAUGAAUCAUGUUAUCAAAAAUGAGUUUAAUGAACUUUGAUUUCUUAUCAGAUUAAAAGUAUGUUUCAUGAAAUUUGGAUUUGAAUAAUGUGUUUAUUGUAAUUUAUAACUAUCAUAAUAGCAUUAUUAUUAGCUAGAUAUUAUGUAAGGUACUUAUAGGUACUCAAGUUGCCAAACAUACAUGUUGCUUGAAUCUCAAAUUGUUAUAAGUAUUUAUUUGCAUGAAGAAGCUUAGAAGUAAACAGUGCAAUUUUUCCAAUGCAGUGAUAGUUUUAUUUUUUCAUAAAUUAUAAUUGAAAAUUUAGAUGACUAUAUAAAGGAAACAAAAUAAACAAAAAAGAUAUUUAUUAUUAAAAUAAAUAUUAAAAUUAGAAUAAUUCCAUAUAUUGCUCUAAUUCCUAAAUAACAGUAACUGAAUCUGGAAAAUGCAUUUCCUUCAUUGAAUCAGUUGACCACGCUACUCCAUCAUAGAUGUUGUUAAAUUAAUAUUUGUUAAGUAUCCUAUUAUAGUAAAGGUUGAAUGGUAAAGCAACAUUUUGCCUUUGUAAUGUUGUGUCAAAAACAUUGAAAUUUUGUUUUUGUAAUUUUGUCAAGUAUUUAUCCACAGAAAUUGCUGGCAAGAAUACUUGUUUUGCUAUUUUAGGUAUGGUGAUUUUCCUGGCCUGAAAAAAAAUAGUUAUAAUAUUAUCAUUAAAAAAUGUUAAAAUUUAUAACAGCAUUGAUUAUCUGAAUGGCAGU